AGCGCGGGUAGGCGCUAGGCUGGAGAGCAGAGCCCAAAUGGAAGCGCUUGGUGCUGGUGCGCUCCACGCGGGACCGGUAGUUCGGAUACCAGUCUGAAUGAAUGCGUUUCAUUUCUUCACAUCAUGGGAGACGGUUUACCGUCCUUUAACUACAGCAAUGACUCUAAACGCGCCUCAGUGGAUCUUACGUCUCCGGACAUUUCAGAACAGUGGGUCGCUGGCAUGGGAAUAAUCAUGGGUAUGAUAGUAUUUGUUAUUGUUGUGGGAAAUAUACUGGUUAUAGUGGCCAUAGCCCGGAAUCAGAGACUUCAGACGCUCACCAACGUUUUCAUCGUCUCCCUGGCGUGCGCGGACCUCAUCAUGGGUUUACUCGUGGUGCCUUUUGGCGCAGCCCUGGAGAUCAAAGGAGUCUGGAUGUUUGGAUCAUUCUUCUGUGAAUUUUGGAUAUCCCUAGAUGUGCUUUGCGUCACGGCAAGCAUCGAGACGCUGUGCGUAAUCGCAAUAGACAGGUACAUCGCCAUAAUCUCUCCAUUCCGUUAUCAAAGCCUUUUAACAAAAGCAAGGGCCAAGGGGCUGGUAUGUGGAGUUUGGGCUAUCUCAGCCCUCGUCUCAUUUCCACCCAUCCUCAUGCACUGGUCCCGGGACAGCGAGGAGACGUCCUGCUACGACAAUCCGAAAUGUUGUGACUUCAUUACCAACCGCGCAUAUGCCAUUUCCUCGUCCAUCAUAUCGUUUUACAUCCCUUUAGUAGUUAUGAUAUUCGUUUACGCCAGAGUGUACAGAGAAGCAAAGCAGCAAGUGAACAAAAUCAACAAAUGCGAAGGAAGGUUUUACAACAACGGUGUGAAUAAUUGCAAACCCAACAGGAAAAAGACAACAAAGAUCUUGGCUUUAAAAGAACAGAAGGCGCUGAAAACUCUGGGAAUAAUCAUGGGAACGUUCACACUGUGCUGGCUGCCGUUCUUCAUCGUUAACGUGAUGCGGGUGUUUUGCGCACAGGUGGUGGAUAAGGAGCUCUUCGUGUUUUUGAACUGGCUCGGGUACGUAAACUCCGCGUUUAACCCGAUCAUAUACUGCCGGAGUCCGGACUUCAGGAAAGCCUUCAAACGGCUGUUGUGUUGUCCGAGACAGGCGGACCGCAGGCUGCAUGUGAGCUCGUGUGACCUGUCGCGCUGCACCGGAGGAUUUGGGAACUCGAUGGAGCAGAGCAUGUUGGGCACAUGGUCCGAGUGCAACGGCGCGGACAGCAGCGAUUGCAGCCUGGAGCGCAACGCCAAACUGUCCGAUCUGGAGUCAAAGUUGUAAAACGAAUUGUUUUCAACGGAAAUGAGCCAAAUAACUUUUUUAACGUGAAAACGUAAAUCUAACUACUCUGAAAUUGAGAUUUUAAGACAUCCCUUUAGAUAAAAUAACCAUGGUUUGCGUGAACGCGUAAUAAUUCAAGCGUUUUUGCUGGAUCGACUUCCUUAUUUAUCACCACAGUUUAUCAUCAAAUUCCAUAAUAAAACUGUGGUUUCUACCCUUACGAAAUUUAACCAAGGUUUAUAGCCAUAAUUUAACUAUUGCAUUAGUGACUUGAUCACACAUUUCUCACUAUAGGCGCCAUGAAAAUUGUAGUAAAACAUACAUGGUAAUCAACAUUUCAUAACACUUUUAAUACCAUGGUUAAUUAUAAAUAAAGGGUAUAGUGAAACAAUGGUAAUAUGUUGUUACCAUGAUUUUACUAUACCAUAGUUAAACUGUGGUUAGAGUAAAACCAUUUGUAGCCUAGGCUACAUAGUUUUUAAUAGUUUUCAAAAAAGUGUAAUAUAUUCCUCUUAUUUUACCUCAUACCUGUAUGAUGUGCAAAUUGUACAAGGACAAAGUUGUUUAUAUUAAACAAUUUUUUACAAUGUACACUAUUUAUUUGAUGCAUUGUACAGCAUAUAAGUAAAGUGAUUCCAAAAACAACGUAAAAUAUAUGUAAUUUGAGUGCACCUAUUUUUGUCAAAUGCGAGCUGCCUUUAGAGAAAUAGGCAUCUCGGAGUAUUCAUUUGUCAACAUUUACGUACUCCCUUAUUGGUUUAUCUGUAAAUAAGACAUGCGUAUUUUUGGGGAGCGUUUUGUUAUAAAUAUAUAUUGUCCCCAAGUUCAAGUUUUUACCGAAAUAAUGUAUGUACUGUGACUCCUGUGAAGUAUUAUUCAAGAUCGAUGUGGACGUCAAAUGGCUAGUGUGCAAUAAAUGUAAUUGUGAAAAGGCA